CACGCCCUCGCCCUUGGCAACAAGCGCGACACGCCACGACACGACACGGCGCGAGAGAGCCCCCCCGUGCUCAUGCCACUGACGACGACGCCACCCAUGGAGAUCGACCUGGACGCCGUGCGCGCGGCGCGCGUGCUGGGCCGCGGCGCCUUGGGCACGGUGUUCCUCGUCGGGGACGGGGACGGCGGCGGAGGGGAGGCCUACGCGCUCAAGGUCUUCGACAAGCGCUCCCCCGCGGCGCCGUCGAGGCCGGCCGCGGGCGCCGACGCCGCCCGGCGCGCGCGGUGGGAGGUGUCCGUUCUGUCGCGCCUGGCGCACCCGCACCUGCCGUCCCUGCUGGGCUGCGCCGAGACGCCCGGCCUACUGGCGUGGGCGCUGCCCUACUGCCCCGGCGGGGACCUCAACGAGCUCCGCCACGCGCAGCCCGACCGCGUGUUCUCGCCCGCCGCCAUCCGGUUCUACGUCGCGGAGGUGGUCUCCGCGCUCGCCGAGCUCCACGCCGCCGGGAUCGCGUACCGCGACCUCAAGCCCGAGAACGUUCUCCUCCGCGCCGACGGCCACGUCACGCUCACCGACUUCGACCUCUCGCGGCAGCUCCCGCCCAGGUCGCCCUCCGCGUCCACGUCCUCCUCGUCUUCGUGCUCCGCCUCCGCGACGUCCUCGCCGCCGCCUCAGAUGCCGGGCCACGGACGGGGCCAGUACCGCCACCUGAAGCGCAUCUUCAAGAGGAGCGAGUCUGCGGUGACCGCGUCGACGUCCGGACAGGAGGAAGAGCCGCGCAACCUCGCCUGGUACCUCAGCAGAAGCGUCGACGGCGCUGGCGGCGGCGAUCAGGUCAAGAAGGCGAAGUCAGCGAGGGUGUCGCCGGCGGACCGCCGCAAGAAGCUCUCGGGCCUCUGCUCGGCCGCCGCCGCGGCGGGCGAGCGGUCCUUCUCGUUCGUGGGCACGGAGGAGUACGUGGCGCCGGAGGUGGUGCGCGGCGACGGGCACGAGUUCGCCGUCGACUGGUGGGCGCUCGGGGUGCUCGUCUACGAGAUGUCACACGGGCGGACGCCGUUCAGGGGCCGGAACAGGAAGGAGACGUUCCGGAACGUGCUGCACCGGGAGCCGGAGUUCUCGGCGGAGGCGCGGCGGCGGUGGCCGGAGCUCACGGACCUCAUAUCGAGGCUUCUGGAGAAGGAUCCAGCGCGGAGGCUGGGCUUCGCCGGCGGCGCCGACGAGGUCCGGGCGCACCCGUUCUUCGCCGGGGUGGCGUGGGAACUGCUCGGGGAGGUGUCCCGGCCGCCCUACAUCCCCCCGCCGGCCGAUGACAUUGUCUCCUGCGAGGGAUUCAGCGUGGCCGAAUACUUCGAUAAGCUUCACCAGCCUCCGCCGUCGCCGGCGGAGCACACGCCAGAGGAGGAGCUCUUGCCGGAGUUCUGACAUCGGUUGUUUCCGCUCGAGCUUUGAGCUCCCUGUUUUUUUCGUUUUGCACCCUAGAAGAUCACUAUAUCAUGUAACAGGGGAUGUUAGUGAUAUGUGUACAUAGAGAGCGGGUGACCUUGUAAGAUCAUGAUAGUAGGAGCAAUCCUUGGUGAAAUUGAGGAUGAUGAUGCAGUCGUCAAAGACUUGAGCUUUCGAGUUUUUCGUCAGU